AGAGAGAAGUCCACCACCAUCAUCAUCAUCAUCAUCAUCAUCCUCCACAUCCACACAGUCGGUGUUUUUUGAGAGGAUCGUCGCCAAGAAGCAAGUGGCUUGUUUACAGGCCCGCAGCUUCACGCAUCAUGACUAAAGAGGAGAACCUGGAGAUGCAGGAGAAGGAGAGGCACGACCGCGAGGACCAGGAGGACGGGAGGGUCCAGAGGGAGGAGGAGGAACUGACUGAGGAAGAGGAGGAUGAGGAUGAAGAAGAGGAGGGGGGGUUUGAGAUAGAGGAGGAGAGGACCGAGGAGGAGCAGGCAGAGGAAGGAGAAGAACACGAGGAGGAGGAGGGCUCGGUGGACAGGGAAUGUGAUCCUGCUCCGGAGACUGAGCCCCUGUCAGUGUCUGCGCUCCCUAGUCCGGUCCAGGAGCCCCGACGUCGAGCUAUGGUGCACCCCUCUGCCCAAGCACCCCUUCCCAAAGACUACGCCUUCACCUUCUUUGACCCCAAUGACCCUGCUUGUUUGGAGAUCCUCACGGACCCUCACACCACCAUCCCCGAGCUGUUCGCCAUCGUGCGCCAGUGGGUCCCUCAGGUGCAGCACAAGAUCGACGUCAUCGGCAACGAGAUCCUGAAACGUGGUUGCCAUGUGAACGAUCGUGACGGUCUGACGGACAUGACGCUGCUUCACUACAGCUGCAAGGCGGGCGCGCACGGCGUCGGCGACCCGGCGGCAUCGCUGCGUCUCACCAGCCAGUUGAUCUCUCUGGGCGCCGACGUGAGUUUGAGGAGCCGCUGGACAAACAUGAACGCUCUGCACUACGCCGCCUACUUCGAUGUCCCAGAACUGGUCCGAGUCCUGCUCAAAGCUGCCAAACCCAGAGUCUUGAACUCCACGUGCAAUGACUACCACCACGGGACGGCGCUGCACAUCGCUGCCUCCAACCUGUGCCUGGGUGCGGUCAAAUGUCUGCUGGAGCACGGCGCCAACCCCACCGUCCGGAACGAGAAGGGCCAGGUGCCGGCAGAGGUGGUCCCAGACCCGAUGGACAUGAGUCUGGACAAGGCGGAGGCCGCCAUGGUGGCCAAAGAGCUGAAGCAGCUGCUGCAAGACGCGGUGCCACUGAGCUGCAACCUUCCCAGGGCCACGCUGCCCAACUAUGACAACAUUCCCGGGAACCUGAUGUUGUCCUCGAUGGGGAUGAAGCUGGGAGAGCGAGUGCUUCUGGACGACAUGAAGAACGGGACGCUGAGGUUCUGCGGUACCACAGAGUUUGCCAGUGGUCAGUGGGUCGGCGUGGAGCUGGACGAGCCUGAGGGGAAGAACGACGGCAGCGUCGGUGGCGUUCGCUACUUCAUCUGCCCUCCUAAACUAGGGAUUUUUGCUCCGGUGUCAAAGAUCUCCAAAGUUGUGGACCAGACAGUCUCCUCUGUCACCUCCACCCCCAGAACGCCCCGCAUGGACCUGGCCUCACGCCUCGCUGGGAAGACCAAGAAGGAAAAGGAGAAGAAGGAGAAAGCAGCCCAGAAGAAAAAGUCUUCAGUAGUCAGUCUGGAUCCCGAAGGACUGAACGUUGAGGUCGGAGAUCAUGUCCUGGUGGCCGGGCAGAAGCAAGGCAUUGUGCGCUUCUUUGGAAAAACCGACUUUGCUCCAGGUAUGUCGGUUUCUGCUAGAGUCCAGAGCCACUUGCAUGAGUCUUCAGUAGUCAGUCUGGAUCCCGAAGGACUGAACGUUGAGGUCGGAGAUCAUGUCCUGGUGGCCGGGCAGAAGCAAGGCAUUGUGCGCUUCUUUGGAAAAACCGACUUUGCUCCAGGUUUCUGGUUCGGUGUCGAGCUGGACCAGCCCACGGGUAAACACGACGGCUCUGUGUUUGGAGUGCGCUACUUCAACUGCCUGCCCAAAUAUGGAGUGUUUGCUCCCCCCUCGCGGGUCCAGAGGAUUGGAGGACCUAAAGACGCCUCACAGAGAGACAACUCAACGGUGAAGAAAGUCCACCAGGUCACCAUGGCGCAGCCCAAGCGUAACUUCAACACGGUGCGUUCUCCUAAAGACCUCACCUCUGAAAGCUCCAUAUCCAGGUUGCUCUUCUGCUGUUGGUUCCCGUGGAUGCUGCGAGCUGAGAUGCAGUCCUAACUACGCUGCUGUCCUCCUGCUAGCUAACAAUCGCUGUUGUUCGUCCAAGCCGGCGAAAGCUUCCUCUCUCCAGCUCUCAGUCCACCUUCUUCUUCUCCUUUCAAUCUUUAGUGCCUUGUUGAAAUGUUGAUCAAACCUUCCUGCUAAAGAACCUCCAACCCCCAAUUCUCUACACCAGAUACUCUCUUCAUUAGCCUCUCACCUCCUAGCUUAGCUUGCUCUUUGUUUACUUGCCAUCAGCGUGGGGUUUUAGCUCCACGUUGUUUGUUUCGACUUCCGAGAUGCUGUUGCGUAUCAAAACAAUUCCAAUAUGUGCUGCUGACAGUUGGGAACAAUAGUUAGCGUCAAUCUUCUGCUCUUUUGACGUGUAAACGGAAGAUGUUGGUCAAACACGGGAAAGUUCAACACAGGAUCUGUUCCUGGCGUCCAUCUUGUCUCUGCAUUGCUUUCUCGUAGCUGCUUUGUUGCUAUUUUUAGAGAGUAUUCAGAGCGUACUUGCCAACCUUCCCGAUUUUUCAGGGAGACUCCCG